GGUGUAAGAGAUGUCGAACGACGUCCGACACAGGUCAUGAUAACCUUGGAGCGCUAGUGCUCCGAUCCCGCCGCCACUUCUCUGCUCAUGAUUUCAAAGCCGGACCAUCGUCAUGUCACACCUCACACGAUGCGCAUUUCUUCCCAACCCACACUCCUACACCCUGCGUCCCCAGUGAACCGCGCGCCUGACUGAGCACGCCAAAAUGCCUCUCGAACACGUCCGCAACAUUGUCCUUGUGCUUUCGGGCAAAGGCGGGGUAGGCAAAUCGAGCGUUACAACCCAACUCGCCCUCACACUGUCGCUACAAGGCCAUUCGGUUGGCGUCCUCGACAUCGAUCUCACAGGUCCCUCUAUACCGCGCUUCUUCGGCAUUGAAGAGAAAAAGGUGCGACAAGCGCCUGGUGGCUGGAUACCGGUGCCGGUGCACGAAUCGCAAACACUCUCGCCGAAAGCAGAUGGCACAGAUGGCAACGCAGCAACACAGGGGCAGCACGUCGGUGCGCUAUCAUGCAUGUCGUUAGGUUUCAUCUUGGCAAACAGGAGCGACGCGGUCAUCUGGCGCGGUCCCAAGAAGACGGCUAUGGUCAGGCAGUUUCUGACCGACGUGCUCUGGCCUGAGCUCGAUUUCCUUCUCAUCGACACUCCCCCGGGCACCUCCGACGAGCACAUCUCCCUCCUCGAAACCCUUCUCAAGCAAGUCGCCUCGCCCACUGCUCCGCCCAACCAGCUCGCCGGUGCCGUCGUCGUCACUACGCCACAAGCCAUUUCGAUAUCAGACGUUAAGAAGGAGCUGAACUUCUGCAGGAAGACAGGGAUAAGGGUUUUGGGCGUUGUGGAGAACAUGGCCGGCUUCGUGUGCCCGAACUGCAGCGAGUGCACGAAUGUCUUCAGCAAGGGCGGAGGAGAGAUCAUGGCGAGGGACUUUGAGGUACCAUUUUUGGGGAGCGUGCCAAUUGACCCGGCGUUUGUUAUGUUGGUAGAAGAGGGCGCAAGACCAGUGUAUCCAAAGGGAACGAUCAUCGAGGGGACAGAUGUUAGCAGUUCUGGCGUGACGGGUGGCUCCAAGGAGGGCUUAUUCGUCGACAAGUACAGGGACUGUUCUCUGGCACCGCUGUUUGAUGGAUUUGUGAAGAAGCUGCUGGUCGAUAUCCGAAGCACCGCAUGAGAAGAAGAUGACUACGAAGUCCGGGCAAUGAUACCAAAUAACGUCUAGACGAUAAAACAUUACCACAACGAGCAUCCGUUCUGCUUUCCUCACGACCGAUACACGCAACAACUGAACGGGCUCUGCAGGUGUUGGUGCUGUGCGAGCGGAGGGGAGGUGUGAGUGAGACCUCUAGCGUGGCAGGCACUCCUGAGCUCUAACCUGUAUCUUCCUCCGCGACUCAAACAUCAAGACGCGGAGCCCUGUGCCCCGCAGUGAAUACCUAAUUCACCUUCGCUCAAGCACUCAGUUUGAGUGUUUGAAGUAAACCUUUUUACAUUCCGGUCCGACCCGACCCCUCAGGCUGCGAAUAGUGAAAGUCGCUCAGAGUUUCUUUGGCGCUUUGCACCCGUACACAGCUUUUCAACGUUGACAUAC